GGUGGCGUCCCUCUCGCCCCUCCUACUUCUCGCUCGACCCCGCUCGCUAGACGUCCCCGUGCCGCCUCCUGACUGACUAACUGCUGCUGCGUCGGCGUCAUUAUGAAGGCCUUGAUUCUGCUCCUUCUCGGGGCGUGCCAGGCCCUGCAGCCGGGCUUGGAGUACCAGUACAGGUACAGUGCCCGGGUUGCCAGUGGGAUACCAAGCAUCAACAGGCAGUUCGCAGCUGCAGGGAUACAGGCUGACGUCACAGUCCAGAUGGCUGCAGAUUACUCGGUUGUGGUGCAGUUUAGCAACAUCGAGGUUGGAGACUUAAACAAGGUCCUGGACUGCGACCUGCGAGCUCCUCUGCCUAUCGAGUACCACCCCCUGGAGGACUACGUCGACCUCCUCGAGAAGCCCUUCAGGGUCAUCAUGAACGAGUCACAUGUCCCAAGCUACAUGGAAGGGCCUGAGGAACCCGUCUGGAUCUCCAACGUAAGGAAGGGCUUCGUCAACAUCUUCAGAGUGCCGCUGUUCUGGAGUACUGAAUUACACUCCACCAAGCUUAACUACGGUGCCGUCGAGGAAACUUGGUCGGACGUUGCCAGAACUGGUAAUUUCCUCGAUGGCACCGUAGUUAAGCUUGUGGAGUGUAAUUCAGUACUCUGUAAAGGCAGAGUCACCCUCUCAAUAGAGCCUAGAGCCAUUUCAUGCAGGCCUCAAACUGUGUCUCAACAGCGGCACUCUGAAGAUGUUGACGAAGCCCUUCCUUACGUUGGAGAUCCAGACGGGUUCCUCAGGCCCUUCCAUGUAGCUUGGGACCUGAUGGGGAAAGGCACUCUGAAUUCCUCCAGGGGGUGGUACUCGAUAGGCAGAGGAGCUCGCAGGUCGCAGUCCAGGACCUUGUUUAAGUCUCCAACCUCGAUGUUGCUAAACUGGAAGGGAGAAGGUGACGUCAUACUCAGCAACAGAAGACGCAUUGAGAAGGAAAGUCAAAUUCAUGCUGACCUGCACCACAACCGAGUAAUCUGCAGCCAUCUGGACUGUGACGUCAGCCUGUAUCCCUGCAGCUGCGAACUGCCUGUUGAUGCUGGGUAUCCCGCUGGCAACCCGGGCACUGUACCUGUACUGGUACUCCAAGCCCGGCUGCAGGGCCUGGCACGCCCCUGUAACUGCUGCUGCGUCGGCGUCAUUAUGAAGGCCUUGAUUCUGCUCCUUCUCGGGGCGUGCCAGGCCCUGCAGCCGGGCUUGGAGUACCAGUACAGGUACAGUGCCCGGGUUGCCAGCGGGAUACCCAGCAUCAACAGGCAGUUCGCAGCUGCAGGGAUACAGGCUGACGUCACAGUCCAGAUGGCUGCAGAUUACUCGGUUGUGGUGCAGUUUAGCAACAUCGAGGUUGGAGACUUAAACAAGGUCCUGGACUGCGACCUGCGAGCUCCUCUGCCUAUCGAGUACCACCCCCUGGAGGACUACGUCGACCUCCUCGAGAAGCCCUUCAGGGUCAUCAUGAACGAGUCACAUGUCCCAAGCUACAUGGAAGGGCCUGAGGAACCCGUCUGGAUCUCCAACGUAAGGAAGGGCUUCGUCAACAUCUUCAGAGUGCCGCUGUUCUGGAGUACUGAAUUACACUCCACCAAGCUUAACUACGGUGCCGUCGAGGAAACUUUGGUCGGACGUUGCCAGAACUGGUACACGUCAAUGAAGUUACCAGUGAACCUGGCUGAAGAGGUCAAUGUCCAACGCGAACACUUCAUGGAGGAGGAUAUCCAGCGAGAUGCCUACUCCUCCAGCUACACUACAAAAACCAAGUCGAAGACUUCUUCAAAGACUUCUUCAAAGACUUCUUCAAAGACUAGCAAGACCGGUAAAACAUCUCCAGGUCAGCUGGCGAACGUGCCCCAUAUUGAGGAUACGCUCUGGUCCGUCAGGAGAACCACAGACUUCGACAUGUGUGAAAACUUGGUGUCUCUUCAGAUCCACAGCAGCAAGUACACAGAGGAUAUCAUCCAGAGGAGCUCGGUGGCGAGCUACCUCAUCCGCGGAGACACGCACCGAAGGAUCGAGCAGGUCGUGGUGGAGGGAACCAUCACUGUCUUGACCAACAAGGAGCAAAACGAGCAUGUGGACACCUUCACCAACCAGACCUUGGAGCUGAAGGCUGUGCGUGAGGUUGGCGAACCCAUCACUGUUACUUAUGAUGUCCAUCCUCACUACAACUGGCAGUAUGAUAUCGAAAGGCCACAGGGCGACCAAUUCAUUCCUCUGGAGCAGGUCCUCACAGGCAGGCCGGUCACUGACCAAAUUGUCAACAGCAUUAUGGAAUACAUCAAGAAAACCGUCGACGACCUCUCGCACCGCAUGGAGCAUUACCCGGCCAAGCCAGAGAACCUUGCUUACAUCAUUGGCCGCCUCGUCGAAGCCGUCGCCAAUCUCGACUAUCCAUACAUCCAAACCCUUUACACCCACUUCGACGGUAAAGGCACAAUGCAGAAAUACAUCUUUGUGCAGUUGGUGAUCCACGCCGGUACAGAACCAGCAGUCAAUUUUGCAGUUGAUAACCUCAGUGAUAUUCUCUUCUACGUUACUUUCUACGAGAGUAUUGGUGUCAGCCUUCGCACUCCGGCCCCCAUUCCUAAGAUCAUGCACAGUUUGAUAAACGGAGAAGAGGGUCUGCAUCAUAGCCUCGGCCUCAUGAACUUCGCCACUCUGGCCCACGACGCGUGCCUCAGCGAGGACAGGAAGCACUUCUACUUCGACUACAGCUGCGGCCCGAAGACCACGUGCGAUCCUGAGCUCAUUAUCACAAAUUUCAUCCCUUACCUCGUGCGAGAACUUGGGAAUCAGGGGAAGGAUGUCUGGCAGCGGCUCAUAUAUCUUCAGGCGCUGAGCAACCUGGGAACUCCACAGACAAUCAACGUACUGAAGCCCAUCAUUCUGGGCGUCACCGAAACCAACAUCUUCAUGAGAACGAAUGCCAUCUGGAGUCUGAGCGCUUACAACAUGCAUAAGACCGCCCUCUCGCAGAUCUACGAAAUCCUGAUGCCGAUCAUCGAGAACAAAGGGGAACAGUUUGAGAUCCGAAACAUCGCCUUCCUGACGCUGGCAACCUGGGGUCCUGGCCACGCCUGGUGGCAGCAGUUGGCGGUUUCGACCUGGCAUGACCCUUCGCCCCAGUUCGCCAACUUCGUCACCACGACCAUCUACUCCAUCUCUGACAGCCACACCAAAUUGGCAGAGACAGUCUCCCGCAUCAAGCACCUGUGCAAGCCAGCCGCCCCAGCGUCCAUUCUUCACUCGACCAACUUCUUCCUGCACGAGUACCUCUUCUCAGAGGAGCACGGAUCACGAGUCAACUUCGCUUGGUUCGCUAGCGUUCACGGAGCCAUUCCCGAGGAGGUGUUCCUGCGCAUCCAGAGGGAGUUCUUCUAUGGCUAUACGAAGGUAUUAAAGAUUGAUGGACAACAACGAGGACUUUACAACCUCAUGCAGCUAAUGAAGCAGAAGAUGACAAAGCCUCAGAAGAGACCUCAGAGCAGCGCGCAGGAAAUCGUCUCCGGUAUGUGGGAAGAACUAAAGGAGAAAAUCGGCUUUACGUCACCUGAAUCUGCUUCAGACGCAACGCUUUGGCUAAAGUUAGACAGACUCAUUUAUGUGGCUCUUCAGUACCACUUCAUGGAAGGGGCCCCCAUACCCUACGGCAUGUACUCGGGAAAGCCUUUCUACGACAAGGAUCUCAACACCCUCAUCGCCUUCCCGACCGAGAUCGGAAUCCCCUUCAGCGUGCUGGUAAACGCCCAGAGGGACUUUACUGUUUAUUUGCUGACAGACCUAUCUUUACGAACCAUGUUUAUAAACGGCAAUCCAGAAACCAGUAUGACGAGCGGGAAGAUGAAGAUCAACGUGGAUUUCAUUUUUGAGACCAGCCAGGUGCAGUUCGUGGACGCCAGGGCCCAUGUACCAUGGUCAAAAAGACCUGCCGUCGCUUCUGGCGUGUAUGCAGAUACGCAGCUCGUCUUGCCCCUUAAUGUCCAUGCCUCCUUUGAUAUGUAUAGCCAAGAGAUACAGCUGUCCAUAGAACCAACGAACACCCAGAAGAUUGACGUGAUCAAAUUCGAAUUCAUUCCUUACACUGUCCUGGAGAACAACUACCCCGGCGAUGUUCUGGUCAUCGAGAAUGAAUACAAGCCUAUCCUACAUGGAGAGGUUCCUUUGUUCAACGACAAACAUCAAGCAUUCCCCUCUGAUGUGGGCCUGUGGAUUCAAGUUGCAACAGAAGGUGACAUCCAUCAUACACCAAGCAUCUAUGAAAUAAUCACUCAGCUGUUCAGCGCACACACCUCUACGCACAUCUGGGAACAGAGUAUAGUCUUUGAUCCUACUCUCUCUACCACCAAGACCGUCUCAUUCACCUUCAACUAUGUGUCGACUGGAGGCAGCGGGUCUCUGGUUGAUCAAGGCGACUACGACGGCGGCCAGAUAUCGCAGGGGUCGUUCGAUGAAGAUUUCGGACAGUUCUCACAGGUGGCCGGCGGGAGUGAUCAGGACAUCAUGGAAGUGGAUAGCUUCGGAACGCAGAGCCAGACCAUAGAACGCAUCAUGAGACUGCAACAGGCACUGAUUUCAUCUGGAGGGCAUGUGAGAACCAUAAGUGUGGAAGUAGAGCUUCAGGGAACUCCCACGAGGAACUACGAGGCGAGCCUCACCUGGGCGAUCUCCAGCUCUGCUUCGACGAGAUCCUCCAAGGUGCAAGUGACACUCAUCAAGCAUCCGGCCGUCGGUGUCUUGGAGGACCCAUACACUAUCUGCUUGAACGCCCAAAUCGUGAAGCCGCACUUCAAUCCGUUCUUCACCACUGAAGAUGUUCUAACAGCCAACUACCAUUCCACAGUCAAGGCUGAGUUGUUCGAGGGCGAGACUUGUGAGGAAGCACCGGUCUUGUUGUUGGAGGCUUCAUUUGAUGUCAGCAGCAAUGUCAAGGAGAGAGUGAAGGAAGCAAUUGAGAAGAGCUGUGACUACAGUACCUAUGCUCCUGGCAUUGACAUCAUCACUUCUCCUUUGUAUGACCACUCUCACAUCACUGCCACCUGGACACCGGACUUCCCAGACAACCUAAAGAACCUUACAUACUAUGUUGAUGACAUCAUCAAGGCUUCUCUGUCCAAGAAGAUCGAAUUUGACCACACCAGCGCACAUCACGCUUCCAGGGUUGAAAUUGACGCUACAAAGUGUAUCGAGACUGGGCUGUGGACCGUAAGGACAGAGAAGCCCUAUGCAGUGUCCAUCAUCAGCGAAGUGGAACUCCCUGCGUGGGCCAACCCGAUCUUCACGCCCGCGCCUUUAGCGACCACCUUGCUCUAUGACCUCGCUGUUGGUCGCACGCCAUUGGCCUGCACCAUCGAAGAAACCAAGAUUAGGACCUUCGACGCCAAGGAGUACAGCUACGAGCCCAACGUCUGCUGGAGCGCCAUGUCCAUCGACAUAAGCCACAACCAGCGAGGCGCCAUCCUCGUCCGCAACACAGGCCAGUGGGAAGUCCGCAUCAUCUGGCACAUGGAGGGACUCGUUUUUGAUUUGACCCCGACCAAUUUCCUUGUGAACGGCGAACCAGCCCAGGGAACAGAUAACAGAUAUGCCGUCUUGCACCAUGAUAACAGUCAUACAAUUGUAUUCGAAAGUGGAACGCGCAUCAAGGUGUCAGACAAAGUAGAGUUCCUGAUGGCUAUGUACCACCGCGGGAACACAGCCGGCCUGUGUGGAAACUUCGACGGCGAGCCAUCCAACGAUAUGGUAGGACCCCUGGGCUGCUACUACACGGACGGUCGCCUUUUCUCCCUUUCCUGGGCCUCGCCCGGAGAAGGGUGCGCCGCUUUCAACUUCAAGGGUUUGAAACGUGAAGUCGAGCGGUACCAGGAGGACUGCCCUCUCUUCGCCCAUGAGCCCACAGGAGUCUCUCAUACCGAUGCUCUUUACGACUGCACGGAGUGGGUGUACCACGAGAGGACGGAGGGCCAGUACCACUGCAAGGCUCUCAGCCCCAUGCCAGUGUGCAGACCCGAAUGCGUUGCCAACCACCCCAUCACCGCAUCGGUCGAGUAUGAAUGCA